AUAGUGCCUCACGUGACACACGGCCCCGAACGUGCCCACCCUUCACACACGCUCACGCACGCGUGCACACGCAAACACACGGGGCCUCCUGGCCACUUCCCCACUCCCUCCGACCCCCCCCCCGCCCGCCCGCCCGCAGCCCCGCUAAGGCACUCAUUGACUGUGAUACACCUACACUCAUUCACAGACACACACAUUCCCCCCACACAUGCCAACCACAGACACACAUUCAUAAACAGGGCCAGGAAAAGUACACACGCACCCCCUCGCCUACUCUUUCGGGAGCCCUGAGUCAUUCCUGCCCCCUCUCAGGGCUCCCCAUUUCCCUCUGUGCAGGCACACAGGCCAGGCUUCAGAAUUCUCUGUCAGCCCUCUCCACCUGCGCCGGGCCCUCUCCCAGAGCCCCCUUCCCCACUGUGUACCCUCAGACACUCAGCCGAUGACCUCCUGUGGGUCCCAGGUCAGGGGUGUGGAGGGCCUGGAGGGUUGCCACAGCCGCCCGGCCUGGUGUGAGUGGGGGAAGCACUUCCUUUUCCUGAACUCUGGGAUCCUAGAGGAGGAAGCCGGGGAGUUGGGCAGGGGCCCAGCAGAGGAUGUUCUGACAGUGGUGGGGCUGACCCUCCCAGAAGCACUGGGCCUUCCUUAGGGAGGAGCCAGGGGUGCCAGAGGCCUGGCAUGAAGAGCUUGGAAGAAAGGUAUUUGGGGAAGUGAAGCCUGGGGUGGAGAAGGGGCUGAGGAGUGAGUCAAGGCAGUCCCCAUCUGGGCCCUGUGUGCUGGGAAGGCAGCCCUCUCCUGUCCACAGUUCUCCCUGGGUUCCGGAAGGAGCCCUUCCCUGCUGCUGGCCUCGCUUACUUGUCCCUAUUUGUCACUGCUCCACCCCCCCACCCCCACCCCCACCACCUCCGUCUGGUCCUAGCUCCUUCCCCCAAAGGCAGCAGAGAAGAGAAGAUGGGUCUGGGAGGGGGCUGUGAGACACGGGGGCAGGACCAGGCUGCAUCCCAGCUGGCCGCAGGGCUCCUCAGGCCAGGACAAGGGGUAUUAGGGACAAGCUCUGGGCCACCCUCUCCACCGUUGCUCGUUGCUCCUGCUCUCCCAGGAGGCCCAGGGCGGGCUGUGGCCCAGGCCCUUGCCAUGGAGUCCAUGUUUGAGGAUGACAUCAGCAUCCUGACCCAGGAGGCCCUGGGGCCCAGUGAGGUGUGGCUGGAUGCCCCUGGAGACCCCUCGCUGGGGGGGGACAUGUGCUCCGCCUCCCACUUUGCCCUGAUCACGGCCUACGGAGACAUCAAAGAGCGGCUGGGGGGCCUGGAGAGGGAGAAUGCCACCCUCCGCCGCCGCCUCAAGGUCUACGAGAUUAAGUACCCACUGAUCAAUGACUUUGGAGAGGAGCACGGCUUCUCUUUGUAUGAAAUCAAGGAUGGCUCCCUGCUGGAGGUGGAGAAAGUCAGCCUGCAGCAACGGCUCAACCAGUUCCAGCACGAGUUGCAGAAGAAUAAGGAGCAGGAAGAACAGCUCGGGGAGAUGAUCCAGGCUUACGAGAAGCUCUGCGUGGAGAAGAGUGACCUGGAGACGGAGCUGGGGGAGAUGCGGGCCCUGGUGGAGACCCACCUGCGGCAGAUCUGUGGUUUGGAGCAGCAGCUGCGGCAGCAACAAGGCCUCCGGGAUGCAGCCUUCCCCAGCCUGAGCCCCCCACCUGCCCCUGCCCCGCCCUGUGCUGAUCUGGACCUGCACUACUUGGCACUAAGAGGCGGAUCUGGCUUGAGUCACGGCUGGCCAGGCCCCACGCCGAGUAUGAGCGAGCUGGAGCGGCGGCAGCUAGAAGAGGCUCUGGAGGCUGCCCAGGGAGAGGCCCGGGGGGCUCAGCUUCGGGAGGAGCAGCUCCAGGCUGAGUGUGAGCGGCUGCAGGGGGAGCUGAAGCAGCUGCAGGAGACCCGGGCCCAGGAUCUGGCCUCCAACCAGUCAGAGCGUGACAUGGCGUGGGUGAAAAGAGUUGGGGAUGAUCAGUCUGACCUCCGGUCAAGAUUUCCCUGCUGUUCGGUCAGCCCAGCAUCUGGUGGUCGGUGCCCAGGGGGACAAAUUGCCCCAGAGGAAGAGCCGCUGAGGGUGACUCGCAGGCCAAAGGCAAUAAUGAAGGAGGAGGGUGAAUUUGGCGCUGGCUUACACGGAGCUGACAGAGGAGCUGGGCCGGCUUCGGGAGUUGAGUUCCCUGCAGGGGAGGAUCCUGAGGACUCUGCUGCAGGAGCAGGCUCGGAGUGGCGGCCAGAGGCACUCGCCGCUGUCGCAGCGCCACUCCCCGGCCCCCCAGUGUCCCUCGCACUCCCCGCCGGCCCGAGCGGCGCCCCCUUGUCCCCCGUGCCAGUCCCCCGUCCCCCAGCGCCGCUCUCCCGGGCCCCCCUGCCCUUCGCCCCAGCAGCGCCGCUCGCCGGCCUCGCCCUCCUGCCCGUCGCCCGUCCCGCAGCGCCGCUCGCCGGUGCCGCCGCCAUGCCAGUCCCCCAGCCCGCAGUGCCGCUCCCCAGGGCCUCCCGCCUGCCCGGCCCCGCAGCCCCGGCCCCCACCACCCCCGCCGCCCGGGGAGAGGACACUGGCCGAGCGAGCCUACGCCAAGCCGCCCAGCCACCACGUGAAGGCCGGCUUCCAGGGCCGGCGCAGCUACUCGGAGAUGGCGGAGGGCGCGGGCUACGCGGGCGCCUCCCCGCCCUGGCUGCAGGCCGAGGCGGCCACGCUGCCCAAGCCGCGGGCCUACGGCAGCGAGCUCUACGGCCCCGGCCGGCCCCUCAGCCCACGGCGCGCCUUCGAGGGCAUCCGCCUGCGCUUCGAGAAGCAGCCGUCGGAGGAGGAGGAGUGGGCCGUGCCCGCCAGCCCGCCCAGCCCGCCCAGCCCGGAGGCUGGCGCCAUCCGCUGCGCCUCGUUCUGCGCUGGCUUCCCCAUCCCGGAGUCGCCCGCCGCCACAGCCUACACCCACGCCGAGCACGCGCAGUCCUGGCCGUCCAUCAACCUGCUGAUGGAGACAGUGGGCUCUGAUAUCCGCAGCUGCCCCCUCUGCCAACUGGGUUUCCCUGUCGGGUACCCCGAUGAUGCCCUCAUCAAACACAUUGACUCUCACCUGGAGAACAGCAAGAUCUAGGGUGCCUCCCCCACCCACUGGCUGUUUCUUCACCUUCUCCCAUCACCCCCAAACUCUCACUCACUUUGAAUGCUGCAUGAAUCUCGUAGGGGGCCCCUGCCCCUUGCGACCCCCAGAUACCUCCACUAGCUAUCGAGUCAACGUGUGCACCAUCUUCCCUGGUCCAGGCACCACUCAGCCCUGGCUUUUCCCAGGUCAGCUGAGGCUCUCCCCAUCUCCCUGGCUUCUGCUGGGGAGGUGGGGAUCAGGGCUGGGGUGGGAAGGGGCAUAUCCCACCCAGCCUCUCCCUCUGCCUUUCUGUUUUCAAACGGUUGGAUCCAAGAAGGUGUCUAGUGCUUGGGCCUGGGGGAGGGGAGGGUAUCAAAAGACUCUCCUAGCAAAAGCUCCCCUAGCACCUCCCCAGAUGUCCAUCUUUCUCAGGCUGUGCUCUGUCCAGGGAAUGCCUCCCUGUGGGGUCUCAGAGCCUCCCCUGCACACUGACGCCAGUUCCUCCAUCCCAUGGCCAGGUCGGGACUCGCCGUUCCCUGCAGGCCAACCCUGUUCUCCCCCUCUGCCCACCCUGGAGAGGAGAGGGAGGACCCUGGAGGACUGGGAGCAUCCAGCCUAAAGAGGCUGCCCUGAGGCGCCAUGACCGUCAGGCUAGGGAACUAUCUGUGCCAGCCUCCCAGGCCUAUGCCCUCCUCCUGGAGCCCCCAGCACCAAGGCACAGAUUGUUAAGGCAGAUGCUUCCCUCCGCCCUGACCCCACUCAAGCCCCGACACCACAGGUGCCCUGGAGCCCGGGUGUGACUCAGCCUCUGUUAGCUGGGUGGGUGUCAUCAGCCCCGCCUCCCAAUCCAGAACCUGAGGAUGGGCCCAGGGUGCUGUGGAGAUCAACUUCAAAAGAGCUAACCCCCUUCCCACACCCCAGAGCCCCACAUUCCCUCUGUGAAAUCUACCUCAGAGUCGAACCCUCAGAAGGACGGGUAAGCAGGAGGCCAGGGGGUCCCCAGGGCUGAGGUGUGGAGCUUGCUAUGGCAAGAGCCUGCCGCCCCACGAUGAGUCCGCCCCCCUCCACUGCAAGCCCCUCCCGGGUCCCAGCCCGGUGCGGGCAGUGGACGCCACUGUCAGUGCAUGUACCUUUCUGAUCCAACUCUUCCAGGUCCCCCACCUCCUCACAUCCCUCCCCCCCUCCUCAGUGCAGGGGAGUGAGGGGGUGUGUGGGGCAGGGAAGGGGCUGAGGACUCCAGAGACACAUGGCCUUGUACCUUGAGUGUCCCCCUAGGGAGGGGGAAUGGGGAAGGGGGACUGGAGAGGGGAGUGGGGCCCCGAGCUCUCUGAACAAGUUGGAAGUCCAAAUAAAACUUACCUGUUCCA